CUGGUGAGCUGUUCUUCACACGACUUCUUCGAUUCACUGAGAUCACUCAGAGCUGUAGCUUCAGUGCCUUCUUGCCAAUAACCAGUGACUACAGAGCUCUUGGUCUCAGUCUACACACUGAGUGUCCUCUUCUUGCUAUUGGACACCUCAUCUUGCCUGAAAUGUCCCACACCAUCACCUUCAUUGGAUCAGAGAAUCCUAACUGCUUCACUAGUAACUUCCUUGAAGUUCCAGACCCAGCUCUUGUGAUUGAAUCUGAGUUGGUCAACAAUCGCUUGCCUCUUGGGAACAUCUUUGAACUUCAGGCCAACUCUACAGGUCCUGAUGUAGUGACUGUCUUUGGAAGAGAGGAUUCCGGACCAGUCUCUCAGUUUCAUUCAGUACAAGUGACUCUGUUUGGAGGAGUGUUUGAGUCAGAGGCCACCGUCAGGAAUGAUCAGCUGACAAUCUCCACCAGUAGUGGUAGUGUGUUUGGCUAUCCAGCGGAGCUGACUAUCACUGCACCUUCCAACAAGACUGACUGGCAGAACCUGGAAUUGACUGUGGACGGUUCUCUACUCUCAGGCAAUGGCAGCUUCGUACAGAAACUGAGUGAAGUUGCUAUAAUGAAGGUGACUGACCUUGCUGAUGUAGGACAUGUGCAUCGUAGAAUUGCCCAAAAGGCCGUAGAAAGAUCAAUGGAGAUGCUUACUGCUACAGAGUGUCAGUUCAAUGAGGUAGUUAAACAGCUUAUGAGGACAGAGGAAUCAAAAUCAAUUGCAUACGAUGCAACUCAAACAGUACAAGCAGAGUUUACGGCUUUAGAGAAAGAGAUUCAAAGUAGUGGAGGUAAUCUUGGAGAUAUAGUUGCAAUGUUGAAUGGUCUCUGCAGAGAUGAUCCUUGUGUGUCCAUUUGCAUGUCUGGGGAACUGUGCACCAGUCCGUCACCUCUUUCACAAUGUCCAACUGUGAUUGCACCAUGCUCUUCGUGCCAUACCGGGAACAGAGUCUGUAAGUCAGCUCGUCAAAGAGCACUCAACAGUUCAGAGGGUCUGACUAUGGAAGAGAGGGAACUGCUGCAGAGGUUUCUGGACACACAGAAUGCCCUGGUUUCAGCUCAAACCGACUUGAGAAAGGCAGAGCUCGAAAACGAAAUGUAUCUUGAGAAAAGAGACCAGCUAAACAUGAGCCUGAUAAGAUUUAGAGAUGAACACAACAGAUCCAUUGCAGUGUACAAUAGUGUACUUGAGUAGGUGGAGACACUGGUUGAGAUAUAUGAAAGUGGAAAGGGAAAUGGAUUUGAGAACAUAUUCAUAGUCAGCACUGUCACGUUUAGCACAAUACUGACUGAGAACCCCACAUCCUUAGCCUUUAAUGUAGCAUUUCAGAAGAAAAUUGGUGAUGUUACCGAAGAUUAUCAAGGACCUUACCUCUACAUUUCAAGUCAUUCUGAAGCCAUCAACCUUGAGAGAAUUGCUAAUAACAUAAUAGAUGUGGUGUUCACAAACUCAAGAUAUAGACUAGUAGCUUGUAGCAACAGUGAAACAUUGAGUAAUGCCGAGUGUCGGUGUAAACCUGGAAAUGAGCAAGAAUGCAUUGCAUGUCCAUUAGGUCAGUUUAGAUCAGGUGAAGAUUGCCAGCCAUGUCCUGAAAACACUGCCUUUCCUCUGCAACCUUCACAUAUCUGCCCUUGUAAAGUGGGCUACUUCAGAAACACUGCGAGCCAUCCCGACAGAGUCCAGUUUGAAGACCCCAUUAACGAGGACGCCAGUCACAAGUGUACAAAGCCACCCAGUGCUCCACAGAAUGUGUCAAUCGUCGUAACAAACACUACCCUAACUGUUAGCUUGUCACAACCUGUUGAAGACGGUGGGAGGACUGAUCUCUACUAUCAGGUGGAAUGGAGUGGCAGUAACCCACUUAAGCUCUCUGGCAGUGUCUACGUCAGUGUGUCGUCAAGGACUAGAACAUUCACUGGUCUCAAACCGUUCACAAAGUACUGUGUUAGGGUGACUGCCCACAACGGAGUCAGUGACCAGGAUCAUCUGGGGUUGAGUCUCAGGAGAGUGAUGGAGUGUGCCGUUACUCUACCUGCUGUGCCUAGUGUAGUGACUGGUGUGCAGGGAGCAUAUCCGUAUGUGGUGUGGAACCCUCCAGAGGAGCCAAACGGAAUCAUCACCAAUUACUCCCUGACCUUCACUUGCUGUGGAUCGAAAAAAUACAAUAACUACUAUCAAUGAUUGGACCUUCUAUGUCGUUCAACCGUCUGAUUGCCCCUGCUCGUCAGAGUCCAUCAAUAUAACAGUCUCUGCGGUAAACAGUGUUGGAAAGGGGCUUCCAUCUGAAUAUUUCAAUCUUUUAUCUCCAUGUUCAACUCCAUCUACUGUCUGUAACGAGAUAUGCCAGCUACCGUGUGUCAAUGGAAUGUGCAAUACCACCACUGGAGACUGUGACUGCUCUCCUGGAUAUACUGGUGUUUGUGCUGAUGAAGACACUGAUGAGUGCGGGGGUGGGAGCCAUGACUGCAGUCAGAUUGUGUCAACACUCAUGGAAUACAACUGCAACUGUCAGCGUGGCUUUCAGUAGUCGGUGCACAGAGUUGGAAGAGGUUGAGUUUAAUGGAGAUGCUUCACUCAACUAUGCAGAGCGAGAGGGACUACUCAAUGGAGAAGUUACAUUGCAGGUAACCAGCAUGAUUGCUGGAACUAGACAAAUGUUUAAAAUCAGCAGCCCAAGGAGCGCAGAGGCCUAUGUUCACAUUGGAAAUGUUGAUCCUUGCAAUAAUAAAGGAUAUGGACUUUCAUUCACAGCAAGUUACCAGCCACAACCUGGUGAGCUGUUCUUCACGCGACUUCUUCUAUUCACUGAGAUCACUCAGAACUGUAGCUUCAGUGCCUUCUUGCCAAUAACCAGUGACUACAGAGCUCUUGGUCUCAGUCUACACACUGAGUGUCCUCUUCUUGCUAUUGGACACCUCAUCUUGCCUGAAAUGUCCCACACCAUCACCUUCAUUGGAUCAGAGAAUCCUAACUGCUUCACCAGUAACUUCCUUGAAGUUCCAGACCCAGCUCUUGUGAUUGAAUCUGAGUUGGUCAACGAUCGCUUGCCUCUUGGGAACAUCUUUGAACUGCAGGCCAACUCUGCAGGUCCUGAUGUAGUGACUGUCUUUGGAAGAGAGGAUUCCGGACCAGUCUCUCAGUUUCAUUCAGUACAGGUGACUCUGUUUGGAGAGUGUUUGAGUCAGAGGCCACCGUCAGAAUGAUCAGCUCACAAUCUCCACCAGUAGUGGCAGUGUGUUUGGCUAUCCAGCUGAGCUGACCAUCACUGCACCUUCCAACAAGACUGACUGGCAGGAUCUGGAAUUUACUGUGGACAGUUCUCUACUCUCAGGCAGUGGCAGCUUUAUA